AUGGUAAAAAGGAAGAACCAGGACGCGGUUUCCAAUAAACCAGCCGUGGAACUUCUUUCGGAGGAGGAGUGGAUGGCCCGAAGAAAUAUAUAUAUGCAGCGUUUGGCGGAUCUUAAGACAAGUGUAGCCUUUAUUGACGAUGCCGUCGAGGAGUACAAGGAGCUUCAGAAACAAAAGUUGCGUAACGACAAGUGGAAUAGUUACUUGGCUUGUGAUGGAUUACCUAAUCCCAGUCGUCCCGCCGAAAUUCGAAAAUUCAUAUUCCAGCUAAACUUUAUGGAGCAAGAGUCCUGCGCUAACGAAAUAAGCUGGGUUCUUUCAGUGGACGAGGGAAGUGUUCUCUCUCAAGCACCGGAUAGAUGCGAUAAGACCCGUAAAAUCAUGGAAAAAUCAAGGCCAAACGUAGGACAGCUCUACGAAAAAACAGUGCAACGUAUCCUGGCAACCAUAGAAAGGGUACAGAGAGUUCUGCGUAACGACGAGGUGCUCGUACAUCUGCCAACAUUUCAAGUCCGUGAGCUGGAUAAGAUUCCUAAUGAACUUUACGAGGAAAUAGAGAGUUUCUUUGACAAACUGACCUAUCGCGUGGUCACUUCUCCUGAUGCCUUAAUGACAAACAAGGAUAGUAUCUUGUCAUGCUACUGCUAUAAAUGCAGCAACUUUGAACUGGAGAUAUGGGGACUGCAGGAUGUACCCAUUCGUUUCAAUUACUUGAAGCUACCGGUAAUGUGCUCCGAUCUGAACUGCGUGGGUGUGACCAUUCAACUGCCACUAAGUGUGCUUUGCGACAAUCUUACACUGCGGUGUGUGCGCACCUUCUUCGAUCCGCUCUCCCAUCUGGCCAAAAGCUUUGAGCUGGUCAUCGACAGUUCUGUAAUCCCAAACUGUGGUCUGGUGGAUAUCGCAGAUAGUGUAAUGAGCGAAUGGAUGAGCCAGAUGGAUAUACAGGAGGAUCUCAUGGUUAAAAUGGAAUCGGAAAUGCGGGCUUACAAUGAGGCCAUAUCUUUUAUCGCAGAAGCCCAAGCAAAAGAAAAGAGAAAACCUCAGAAGAAAAAAGUAGCGAUCCCGAAGCCGCCAAAAAUGCCACAAGAGCUACCAGCUGGGAUGUUUCCCGAUCCACGCAAGAUAUUUCUGGAGCACGAGAAACGAGAUUGCACUGACUUCUUUAAUAGAUACUUCCAUCCAGGCAAUAUGAACUUACUGCCGUCAGAGGUGAACCUGCGUCGUUUCAUCAUCAUAGGUGGCAUAGUCUCGUUGGUCUUUGUGAGAAAAGCCAAACAUUCCUCUUAUGAGAAAUUUAAUAUAACGCUGCAUGAGGAUGGACGUGUACUACCGAAGUCUCUGAAUAUUUUGGACGAAUCGAGUACGGAGGAAUCUAGUGUGCAGCCUACCAAAUUGGAUAUCGGCACAGAUAUAAUGAGGGAUACCGAAGCUGGGGAAGCCUCUAAAAUUCCACUGCACUUGGAACCAGAUGAGCUGCCUUAUUACUUCCUCACCUUCAAGGUGCCCAACCAUUUGUGCUUGUGGGGAGAGCCCGUGGUUUGCCAAUUCUUCGAGAGCGAAAUCGAAGAACCGCCUUCGAAAGCAGAAGAAUUGGUUAAAAAGCUAGACAAAAAGAAAAAGGCAGCGCGAAAGUCUUCCCGAAAGGAAAACGAAUCAGUACUCAGAGUGCCUUCCGCGGCAGGGUCCAUGAUCAUGGCAGAGGAGAAGCCACCACAAAGCAACAGGCCAACAUACCACCUGCCGGCUCGAGAAAAUUCGGUCAAUAUCUACCGUCCCUCUGCUCUAGCAAUUGUGCGACAGAGCGCUAUGGAAACGGAGCAGAUACAAUAUAAAAGUACGUUCAAAAACUGUAAUCUGGUGAAGGAGCCAAUAUCAAGGAGAAAUCUUCGCCUUCUCCAGGACCAAUGCUUACCCAGAAUAAUAUCCUCGCUUAGGUUCCCGCGAGACUUCCAGGAUGACCAGAUGGAAGCACAGGCUAUGAAAAAGAUUCCUGUUACGCAACUUUACAAAAGGCAUUUGACCGAAUCAGAGGGAUCUACGCAAAUCGAGCAGUUCAGUUUCAAUUACGAAGAUCAGUCCAAUCCAGAACGACUGUUCCCAAAGUUUCCUGUGACGGAAGACUUGCGUGUGGAGACUUACCGCACCGAUAGUUCGAAGGAGGAGGCUACUAUGCUUGGCCUUUUAAGAACGCUGGAAGACAUUAAGGACAAAUACUUGGAUGCUCCGAGAAGGAUUGUGGAACAAACCACACACGCCGUUAGAAUGAGCAGGAAAGCUAAUUCAGAUCCCAUCCCUAUGACUCGAUCUCGACGACAGAGUUAUUUCGGCAGACGGUCUGUCAGACAAUUGGGGCUGGACGGUAGCACCAUGAGCAUUCCUCGACCGGUGGAAAUAGAGUAUGAAUUCAGUGAAACCAGUGACACAGGUGAACAAUUGAUUAAGUGCAGAAAAGAUAGUCGACCGCCUUCGAGAACUUUAUCACAAAGCGCAGAACCCAGAAACGCCGCCCACUGGACUACCGAGUUCAUUCUGGAGUCGAGUUUUAAUAGGGAAAGUAAGGUGGUUAUGGUGAAGACGGAUCGAUUGGGACAUUUUGGAUUCGCCUAUAGACGAUACGCGCAUUUCCCCUUCAGGCACUGGGAAUUGGAGAAGAACGAGCAAAAUCCCGAUGAGAUCAUCCUAACAUUGGACACCUACCAUGUGCGUGUAGUCUUCUUCAUUACCAACGAUGGCAUCCGGUGCCAUGCGAUUGAUAUACCCAAGGAGUACGUUCCUAGACCCUUCAAAUAUAUAGAUAUCGAUAAACCCAUCUCUGACUUCGUCGAGCUUCGCAAGCGUCUUCAGGACAUGAACCUGAACGUGUUUGCGGAGCUCGACGCAUGUUUCUACAUCGAUCAGGGCUAUUUCUCGCAGAAGCACCUGGCAGCUGAGUUGCACAUCUACGACGCCAUCGCCGUGCACGGUAAGCUGAUGAAGUUUAGCCGCAGCCAGUGGAACCGCCUGGCAAAGGAUCGGGAUCUCGUGCUUUGUCUACGCAAUACCCGGGAUAUACACGAUGGCUCGGAAGUCACGGUCCGGGUAACGCCCGAGGUUUCGACCUUCGUGGAUAUUUCGGAGCUCUGUUCGGACGAUACCAAAGUGAUAAAGCUGAAUUAUAAAAAUACCUGGCGCAAUAUGGGGACCUACUCGGAUCUGCAUCAGCUGAUCAACUCCAUGUAUCCACAUGCCACGGAUAUGCGUAAUCGCGAUGCCAACCAGAUGUACUAUAUUCGCCAGCUCCUUCAGGAGAUCAGACCUUUGAGCUUCUCCUAGAUCCGCGAACGCUGCUCAAUCAACAACUACCAAACAAACACAGACCACAGCGUACACUUUCCAAUUACCAGCAAUUAAACUCAAUUGCCGUACAA